AUGGAUUUCUUAGAUUCCUUGGAUUUAGAUACAGAUAAUAAAUCGCAACGUGUUCGAUCGUGGUACCUUUAUGAGCAGUUCAAAGAAAUUGAAAAGAAUCAACUUGAUGCCGCCCGGCGACUCAAGGACAAAUCGUAUCAAGAUAAAAUCCUGCGCCACGAGCUCGCAGAAAGGAAAGCCAGAAGAAGGCUUCAUGACCAGUUCGGAGCUUGUGAAAGUGAUUCAAGGUUGCACUAUAGUUCUAAGUAUGGAGAUGAGACCAUACUCAGUAUUAGCGCUGAAGAUAUAUUCGAAAGCCUUGCUGACUUCCAUGACGAAACCCCUGAUGGUUUCGAUGAUUUUCAUGAUGACUUAAGUCGGGUAGAUUCCGUAGUCGGUAAUUCUUACAAAGAAGAUUUUAAAAGCUUAGAAGACUUUAAAGAUUGCAAUAGCUGCACGGAAACUAUUAGUGUUCGCGACUUCAAGAAUGUUGAAUCUGCUGAUAAUUUACGUAACGAAGCGAAUGAAAUGGAACCAUUUUUAGCCAAUAAUUUCGAUAUAAAAUCGCAAAUUGAAUAUUCGCAGAAGGAUUUUAAAGAAAUUGAAAAUUUGAUGACUCCUAUUAAUCCUGAAGAAGUUUCAGAAGUCAGCAGUUUAGUUUCUGUAAAAGUUGAAGAUGGAUGUGAUGAGAAGCCCAAACAUUCGAGCUAUGAAAUUGUGGAUUUUGCUUUAUGGUCGAAAUUAGUCUCUUUUGCUUAUCAAAUUAUUAAGCUCAAUCAUGGGAAUUGUUUUUACGACUAUAGCUCUCAGUUUUUAACUGCGGUACUUAUUUGCGAUGCUCUGAAAAAGGGAAUCAGCAAAAUGUGCCAUAUUUUGCAGCCCUACGUCUCACCAAUAAAGUUUGCUGAUGAAAACAACGUAAACGAAACUAGCCAGAAACACAAAAAUCGUGAAAAAUUGGAAAACUUGAAAAAAUCAAUGACAUUUUUGAAGUUCUCGCCAUACAGCUCUGAUAAACAUUGCCAGCAAUACAAAAGGGAUUAUGGUUCCGAGAAAUAUGCCCGUGGAUGUCACGGGGGUCAUCUUGGAAAUUAUUAUAAAAACGUCAAGAGUGAGCCCUGGCGAACUUUCCAUAAAUUUUCAGUUUCCAAAAAUCUUUUAAAUAAGGCGUCAAGGAGCAGUCUUAUUCGAUCAGAUUAUUCCAGAAAAUCUAGUUCUUGUAAUUGUGAAAUUUGUGAUUGUUGCCAUAAGAAAAUUUCAAAUCCUAUGUUAAAGAUUGCUCGACGCAUCGAUGACUUUAUAAAACUGGAUAGUCCGAGGCAUAUUUAA